ACGAAUAUCAAGCAGCGAGCCAGAGCAGCGGGGCUCGCGGCACAGGUACCAGCGGAGAGGAGACAUGGACAGCAAGGAGCAAGGAGCCCAAAUGGAGCCAUUGUUACCCACGAGAAAUGAUGAAGAAGCUGUUGUAGACAGAGGGGGAACAUGCACGAUUCAGAAAUCACAUUUUGAAAAAGAAGACUUGGAAGGUCAUAGGACUUUGUAUAUUGGCGUUCACGUACCACGCGGAAGACGAAGCCAUCGACGUCAUAGGCAUCGGGGACACAAACAUCGCAAGCGUGAUCGAGAGAGGGACUCUAGCACAGAGGAUGGCAGAGAGUCUCCUACUUACGAUACUCCAUCCCAACGUGUGCAGUUUAUCCUUGGAACAGAAGACGAUGAUGAAGAACAUAUCCCUCAUGAUCUAUUCACUGAGCUUGAUGAAAUUUGUAUGCAUAAUGAUGAAGAUACGGAAUGGAAAGAAACUGCUAGAUGGCUAAAAUUUGAGGAAGAUGUGGAAGAUGGAGGAGAUCGAUGGAGCAAGCCAUAUGUUGCUACAUUGUCGCUUCACAGCCUAUUUGAAUUGAGGAGUUGUAUCAUCAAUGGGACAGUUUUGUUGGAUAUGAGAGCUAGCAGUAUUGAGGAAAUUUCUGACCUAAUCUUGGACCAGCAAGUACCCUCAGGACUGACUGAUGAUAUUCGUCAAAAGGUUCAUCAAGCCCUCCUAAAACGACAUCAUCAUCAGAAUCAAAAGAAGCUUAGCAAUCGAAUUCCUAUAGUAAGAUCCUUUGCUGACAUUGGAAAAAAACAUUCUGAUCCACAUUCGUUGGAUAAAAAUGCUGGUGGGAAGACCUCAAGACAUGUUGAAAACUCUCCUCAAAGAGCUUCAGGUCACAUGAUCUCACCACAGUCUGCACCUGCUAAUUUGGAAGGCAAAACUGACGUCAGCCGAGAGAACAGUACAGUGGACUUUAGCAAGGUGGAUAUGCAUUUUAUGAAAAAGAUUCCUGCGGGUGCAGAGGCUUCAAAUAUUUUAGUUGGCGAACUUGAAUUUUUGGAUCGAUCAAUAGUAGCAUUUGUCCGUUUGUCUCCUGCUGUUGUUCUCUCAGGAGUUGCUGAAGUUCCCAUUCCAACACGAUUUUUGUUUAUUCUCUUGGGGCCUCUUGGUAAAGGUCCACAAUAUCAUGAAAUUGGCAGGUCGAUUGCAACCCUGAUGACUGAUGAGGUAUUCCAUGAUGUUGCAUAUAAAGCAAAAGAUCGUAAUGACUUAGUUGCUGGCGUGGAUGAAUUUCUUGAUCAAGUCACUGUUUUGCCACCGGGGGAGUGGGACCCAUCAAUCCGAAUAGAACCACCAAAAAGUGUACCUUCCCAGGAGAAAAGAAAAAUUCCAGGGAUUCCAAAUGGAACCACAGCUCAUGGGGAUUCUGACCCAUUUGAAAUGCAUAGUGGACCUGAGCUACAGAGAACAGGAAGGAUAUUUGGUGGAUUAUGUGAAGACAUCAAAAGAAAAAUUCCAUAUUUCUGGAGUGAUUUUAGAGAUGCAGUCAACUUACAAUGUGUAGCAUCCUUCCUGUUCCUGUACUGUGCCUGUAUGUCUCCUGUUAUCACAUUCGGUGGUUUACUGGGUGAAGCUACAGAAGGAUGCAUAAGUGCAAUUGAGUCUCUGUUUGGAGCAUCUAUGACAGGCAUAGCAUAUUCACUGUUUGCAGGGCAACCACUAACGAUCCUAGGAAGCACAGGACCAGUCUUGGUGUUUGAAAAGAUCCUCUUUAAAUUUUGCAAAGAUUAUGGCUUAUCCUACCUUUCUCUGAGAACCUGUAUUGGACUUUGGACAGCUUUUCUUUGCUUAGUUCUUGUUGCUACAGAUGCAAGUUCGUUGGUCUGUUACAUCACCCGCUUCACAGAGGAAGCAUUUGCUUCCCUCAUUUGCAUAAUAUUCAUCUAUGAGGCAUUAGAAAAGCUGUAUCACCUUGGUGAGACAUACCCUAUCAAUAUGUAUAAUCACUUGGAACAGUUGACCCACUAUUCAUGCAUUUGUGUAGAACCACAAAACUUGAACAAUAAAACUUUGCAGUACUGGAAUAACCACAAUAUCACAGCAGCAGAAAUUCCAUGGGGAAAUAUGACACUGUCUGAAUGUAUAAAAUUUCAUGGAAGGUUUCUUGGCACAGCUUGUGGACACCAUGGUCCAUAUGUUCCAGAUGUCUUAUUCUGGUCAAUUAUACUGUUCUUUUCCACAUGUACGUUAUCACAUUUCCUGAAGCAAUUUAAGACAAGCCGCUACUUUCCGACCAAGGUACGAUCAACUGUUAGUGAUUUUGCUGUCUUUCUCAGUAUUGUCACUAUGGUUUUAAUUGACUAUGGUCUUGGGAUACCAUCACCAAAGCUCCAAGUCCCCAGUGUUUUCAAGCCAACCAGAGAUGACCGUGGUUGGUUGAUUAAUCCUCUGGGUCCAAACCCAUGGUGGACUGUACUUGCAGCUUUUAUUCCAGCCCUCCUUUGUACAAUAUUAAUUUUCAUGGACCAACAGAUCACUGCUGUUAUUGUCAACAGGAAGGAACACAAAUUGAAGAAAGGAUGUGGUUACCAUUUGGAUUUGAUAAUUGUGUCCAUCAUGCUUGGAGUUUGCUCUAUUUUGGGAUUGCCUUGGUUUGUGGCUGCUACUGUGCUCUCCAUAUCACAUGUCAACAGCCUGAAAUUGGAGUCUGAAUGUUCGGCACCUGGUGAACAGCCAAAAUUCUUAGGCAUCCACGAGCAACGAGUUACUGGCCUUAUGAUAUUUGUCCUUAUGGGGUUAUCUGUCUUCAUGACCUCUGUUCUACAGUUCAUUCCAAUGCCGGUACUGUAUGGAGUGUUCCUGUAUAUGGGUGCAUCUUCACUAAGAGGAAUUCAGUUAUUUGAUCGUUUGAAACUGUUUGGAAUGCCCGCAAAACACCAACCAGAUUUCAUCUACCUACGACAUGUGCCUCUUAGGAAAGUUCACCUCUUCACUGUGAUUCAGGCUUCUUGUUUGAUUAUUCUUUGGAUAAUUAAAGCUUCUCGGGCUGCCAUUGUCUUCCCUAUGAUGGUUUUAGCGCUCGUGUUUAUCCGAAAACUGAUGGAUUUCAUCUUCACCAAGCGAGAGCUAAGCUGGCUAGAUGAUGUGAUGCCUGAGAGUAAAAAGAAAAAGUUAGAAGAUGAAGAAAAAGAAGAAGAGCAAAUAAUGUUGACAAUAGAAGAAGAAGGAACAAUUCAGUUACCUUUGGAUGGAGAUUACAGGGAUGAUCCUUCUGUUAUCAAUAUUUCUGAUGAAAUGGCCAAAACUGCUGUCUGGAAAGCACUCCCAAUGAAUACUGGAAAUGCAAAAAAUAAAGACACUUUCUUUGCAUCAAAAAGCUCCCCUUCCUUACCUCUAUAGAAGCUAGUUCCCCAAAGUUCAUAUACUAAUCUUGAACGAAGGAAAGAGAAGACUGUCGACUCAGGGAAGGGUAUCGACAGGGAAACAUGUCUUUGAUCUAUUUUAUUAAUCAUUUCAUGUUUAACCUGCUCAAUGAAAAAAUAGUGUCAUAUUUAAUUAUUCAAUCAAAUUCAGUUCCAAAUUUACUUGUGUAGUAAUCUAACAAUUUACCAUUAAAACCAGCAAAUAAUAACUUAUGAACAGUGUUGGAUGCACUAAUAUGUUAUUAGGUACUAAUAAGUGUUUUAAGAUUUUACAUGUGAAAAUAUUAGUGUAUCAGGUGUGCACUUGACAUAAAAAAAGCUGCAGUUUACUUCUUGUAGCAUAUUAUCUCAUCUAGAUUUUAUAGCUGUAAUUUGUAAGUUAGUAUUUGUGAUUUUACAUUUUAAAUAUGUAGUUAUCUAUUUAUUUAUAUUGCUUUAUAAGGUUAUAUUUAGACAGCUAUUCAGAAGCGUUGUUAGUGUUGGCAUUAUGUACUAUUCAAUAACAUAUUUUAGAUGUUUUUCAUAACCUCUGUAUUUUAUGUAUUAUGCAAAUUAUAAAAGCUUUAUCUGGGAGCCAUACAAGAUGAUAUAUAUUUCCAUAGAGUGAAUGACUAUGUAAAAUUAAUAUAUUUACCACUUUCGAUUCCUUUCUAAACCUACUCUGAGUUAGUUUAAGAACAGUUAGCAAGUUAACAGAUUUGGUUUUACUUAACGUUGUGAGGUUAGUAACACUGGUCAAGCACAGAAUGUUUAAGAUUUAAUGUGUUAAAAUAUCCAAUGAGAAUCAAUUAUUUUCUCAUUGUUGGUAAAAUGUAAUAUAGUAAUGAUAAUACCAUAGCUCUAUUUCUGAAAAAAACACAUUUUGUCAACAGGUGAGGUUAGCUGUAACAAGUUGCUCCUGUAUUGUUGCAAUAAGAGUGGUAUGCCACUAUCAGGAUGCUACCAUGAUGUUAUAAGAUGUUCUGCUUAUCGUACACGAAUAAUGUGGCAUUCAAAUUUCAGUGCUGAUGUGAUAUCAGUGCAUGUGUCCCAAGGACAGGGGAAUUACAAUUUUGGUUGUUCACCACAGGCAAGGUAUUUACCAUACCCCAAAAGCCCAAGCUUGCAAAACUCAAAACCUAGAGUUCAACAUUAGAUAUAAUUUCAUGUUUGGACAACAUUUGUUAAAUAGUCCUGAAUAUGCUAGGAAUUAUACUGACAACCAGUUUCUGAUUUUCUUUUAGGUUCAUAGUGUGGUACUGUUGUGUGUACUGGAAACUAUGCAUGUUCAUCUAAAGGGUUCUGUGUUUUGCAUAUAGAAAGAAAGUAUACACGCAUUACGUCUGUUUUAACCUAACAAAAUAGGGAACAGACAAUUUGUUUCAUUCUUCAGGGCACUGCCUUGAAUAAUUUAAACUGCUUGUUUAAAUUUAAAUAAAGCUUGGUAAUUGACAGUCAGUCAUACAGUAUAGAAUGUUAUUUUGUAUUCUUGCAAUAUUCUGAUGAGAGCAAGAUAAAGAAGCUCGACAAAAUGUCUUCUUUCAGCGAUACCCAUGUUUUUUUACUACAAGGUGAAGAUUCCGAUUAAUUCUAAUUAAAAUUGCAAUAUUAAAGAGGCUGUUUAUUUUGCAUAGCAUACAUAAUUUAUAGUACACUUCCACCGCGUAUUUUAAAUCUGGGCUUCUCAAACUAUGGGUCAGGACAUUUGAAAUUCUGGGUAGCACAUUUUAUGGCAGCAAUGGCUAACUGUGAAGGUCUAACUGUUGUAACAGUUCUGCUUUGAUUCUGCCAGACAGGCUCCCACUGUAGUAGGCACACUCCCCAUCACACCUCCUGCUCCCAAUUCCCACCCCACCCUAUGCAGGUCUCCUUCAUUGUAUCAUAGUUCUCACUCAGAGGUCAGACAAUUUUCCAAUGUCAAAGUAAGGAUACAAUGAGAAAAGGGUUGUGAAGCACUGUUUGAAAUCUUUGCAAUGUUCUGACAAAGAAACAAAACCAGCCAUUCAUUAAGGGGCCCAUAUUGUUUCUGUGAACCUGUUCAAUCCGAUAGAAAAGCAAACAUUUUCACUGUGAAAUGAAUGAAGAACAAAAUAUUGGUAAUCUGUAUACAUAAUAAGAAGAAUGGGCAUGUAAUUUUGAAUUUUCUCAGAACAUUUCUCUGUAGUACACUUAAAGUACAAAUUUUGUUAAUUAAAUUUAGAAAUCUCACUUUAUUCAUGACAUUACAAACCUUCCUUAUAUAUGUAAAUUUAUUGUUUAAGAUCUAUUAGCACAACUGGAUUUUUCAUUAGUGAUUCAAUUAAAAUUAUAUCUGUAUAUGAUGGCUAAACAUUAAAAUUCACAAAAUAAUCUAUUUUAAUCUUUUUUUUGAUGAAAAGCUAUGCUUCCAUAACAAAGAUUAAUAACAUUAGUUGUUUUAUGCAGAAAUGUAAAUACAGAUUUAUUCUAUAUGGAUUGUUUCUUCUGUACCUUUAAUGACAUUGUUAUGUUGAACAGCCCUAAGAGAAUUCAAAUUUGUUUCUUUUUAAAAUUGCUAUUCUUGUAAAAUGUGAUAAAACAAGGUAAGCAUAAUUUAUCGUAUUAAUGUGUCUAGUGUUGUUGAUUAAAAAAGUUAGAAUCUACA